GCCACAUCACAGACGUAACAGAGGACCAUUGCGAUCCAAACCCCCCCCCACCCCAAUUCUCUCUCUCUCUCUCUGACUAUACUUUCUCGCCGACCUGUGAUUGGAUUCUUUGGCCGGAAAGUUGGGUCUUGGAUUCGGAGGGUGGACGGAUCGCGGAGCGUUUUUGGCGGCGAGGGAAGGGUUCGGUGUUGCAACGCUUGGACAGGUUCUGUUUUUGUUUUCUGUUGAAAAAUUAGGGCUUUUGUUAAUUCCGGUUCAGAUCUGUAAUGUUUGUCUGGGAAUAUAGGGUAAUGGUUUUUUGAUGUUCAGUUUGGGUGUGAAUUUCGCGGUAAUUUGAUUGAAUUUUUUGAGGGGGGGGGGGGGGGGUGUUUUCAUGAGAUGGAGGAGGGGGUGAAUUUCGUGAAGAAGAAGAGUUCUUCGGGUUGUUUGAUCAUAAAGAAGAGAGCGGACGGGGUUGGUGGGGUUGGGGCUUCCCGGCCGAGGAAGGCUUUUGAGUCGAGCAAGGAGAGGAAGAGGCCGCGUUUGGUUGUCAGUGAUUCGGGGUCGAGUGAGGAGUCGUCCGAGCCGCUUCCAAGGAAGGUUGUUCCUGGAAGGGAUGAAUUUCGUAAUGGUUCAGUUGUGUAUGGUAAGGGCAUUUUGGAAGAUAGCAGACCCAGUCGGAAUGGUGAUGUGGAGAUUGACAGGAAGAGAAGCUUAGAUGUGUUUGAGUUUGAUGAGCGCGAAGGAGUCGAUGGAAAGAGGGUGAGGAGGGAUUAUUUGCACGAUAGGUUAAAGCUCACUGGGCAGAGUGGCAGGGAAAGGGAAUUUGAGACUGGGUCUAGCCGACAUGGCAUGGCUGAGAAGAGAAAGAACUCUUAUUUUGAUGGUACAAAUAAUUCGUCUGGCUCUGGCGGGAGGAAAUUCAACUGUGCUGUUAAUGGCAGGUUUGAGAUAGGCGAUGAGGAAUAUGGUUUACCCCUUACGUCUUUGAGACACAAGUUUCAUGUGCCUUCUGACAAGCCAAUCAGGUUACAGGGGAAAAAUGGCGUUUUAAAGGUGAUGGUGAACAAAAAUAAGAUGGAUGUCCCCCCCAAAUUCUAUGGUCACCAGUUGGGACUUGAGGAUAGAAAGGGUUCUAAGUCUGAAAACGCUGUCAAGAAGACUUUAUCUACUGGUCCUUUGUUUUACCCGGACUCGAAACGCCCUGAGAAACCAAGUUCAUUUGUUAAGGCUGAGAAAAAGGAGCCAAAACUGCCAAGACCAUCGUCUAAAAGUGGUAAUGCUGGUGACUCAGAAACAGAGAACAGUAAUACAUCGUUGAGGCCGGGGCCAAGAAGUGCUCAAGCUAGUAACUCUCCUAAAAGGGUAAAAAGGGAAGGGAAAGCUUUAUCAGCUGUAAAGAUGACACCUGCCAGAGAGAAUGAAGUAAAAGUUAAGCGUGGUAGUGGCACGGAAAAACAACUAUUGCGUGAGAAGAUAAGACAUAUGCUUGUUAGUGCCGGAUGGACAAUUGACUAUAGGCCUAGAAGGAACAGAGACUACUUAGAUGCAGUGUACAUUAAUCCCUCAGGAACAGCAUAUUGGUCCAUUAUUAAGGCUUAUGAUGCACUUCAAAAGCAGUUGGAAGAAGAUGAUGCUGAUGCAAAACCUAGUGGAGACUCUUCCCAAUUUGCUCCAUUACCAGAGGAGAUGCUUAGUAAGUUGACCAGGCAAACACGGAAGAAGAUUGAGAAGGAAAUGAAGAAGAAGCAAAGAGAUCAUGGUAGGAGUAAGAAAGUUAAAGAGCGUUCCAGCAAAGAGUCUGCAGAGGACACAGACGGUGGUAAGGACAACAAGAAACUGAGUUUCUUCAUGAAGAACAGCAGGCCAUCAAAAGGGAGAUCACAUGAAACAACUUAUGCCAGUGGAGAUGAUUCAACUGGCAACUUGCAUAAGGGAUCAUCCAAUAAAGAGAGGGCUGAAAAAUCAUUGACCACCACGAAUUCUCGCAUGAUUCAGGGAAGAAAAACUCGAAAAAUUGGCAGAUGUACAUUGUUGGUUCGCAAUACUGACAAGGGAUUAGAUUCAGAAAGUGAUGGUUAUGUUCCAUAUAGUGGAAAAAGAACUGUGCUUUCAUGGCUGAUUGACUCUGGAAUGGUUCAUUUAAGUGAAAAAGUGCAGUACAUGAACCGUAGACGGACACGGGUGAUGCUAGAGGGUUGGAUUACAAGAGAUGGUAUACAUUGUGGUUGCUGUAGCAAAAUCCUCACUGUUUCCAAGUUUGAGAUUCAUGCUGGUAGCAAACUGCGUCAGCCAUUCCAAAAUAUAUUUUUGGAGUCUGGGAUUUCCCUUUUGCAAUGUCAAAUGGAUGCAUGGAAUAGACAAGAGGAGUUUGUGCGUUGUGGUUUUCACAUUGUCAACGUUGAUGGCGAUGAUCCUAAUGAUGAUACUUGUGGCCUAUGUGGCGAUGGUGGGGAUCUGAUUUGUUGUGACGGUUGCCCUUCAACUUUUCAUCUGAGUUGCUUGGAUAUACAGAUGCUUCCACCUGGUGAUUGGCACUGCCCAAACUGCACAUGCAAAUUUUGUCGGAUUGCUGGUGGGAAUAGUGCUCAGAGAAACUGUACAAUGGUCAAUACACUUUUCACAUGCAACUUGUGUGACAAAAAAUAUCAUGAAUCCUGCAGUAGGGGCAUGGAUGCUUUACCUGCUGACUCAGAUCCUGAUUCCACUUCUUUUUGUGGGCGGAAGUGCCAAGUGCUCUUCGACCAUUUACAGAAGCUUAUUGGCAUCAAGCACGAACUGGAAGGAGGAUUCUCUUGGUCUCUCAUUCAUCGAACAGAUCUGGAGACAGAUGCAUCAAACCGUGGUUUUCCACAGAGAGUGGAGUCCAAUUCUAAGCUAGCUGUUGCCCUUUCUGUUAUGGAUGAGUGUUUUUUGCCUAUUGUUGACAGGAGGAGUGGGAUCAAUUUGAUCCAUAAUGUUCUCUAUAAUUGUGGAUCAAACUUCAGUAGGCUGAACUAUAGUGGCUUCUAUACUGCCAUUUUGGAGAGGGGUGAUGAGAUUGUUUCUGCAGCAUCCAUCAGGAUCCAUGGGAACCAACUAGCUGAGAUGCCAUUCAUUGGGACAAGGCACAUAUAUAGACGGCAAGGGAUGUGCCGACGGCUCUUUUACGCCAUUGAAUCGGCACUCUGCUCUCUCAAAGUUGAGAAAUUAAUUAUUCCUGCCAUUGCUGAGCACAUGCAAACAUGGACUACAGUUUUUGGUUUCAAUCCACUUGAGGAGUCAUACAAGCAGGAACUGAGGUCCAUUAAUAUGUUGGUGUUUCCCGGCAUUGAUAUGUUACAGAAACUACUAGUGGAAAAUAAAACCAAUGAGGGAAUAUCUGCUAACUCAGAGGAUGAUCAUCUUAUGCCCAAUUUCUUGAAAAAGUCUGAUGUGGGUUCUUCAGCUGCACAUGAUUUCAAUAAUUGUGACGUUGCAGGUCUGCACAAUGAUGAUGGGAUGGCUAACAAAUCUGUUGCCUUAGACUCUGGUCCACAAGUCACAUCUAGUGAUAAUACACGAUUGAAUUAUUCUUUGGAUGUUCCUUCUGAACCUAAACUCAAAGUCUUUAGUAAGGAGAAAACUACACCGGCAAAAAAGUCAACUGAAGCUUAUGCCAACUCAAAGUGUCCCUCUUCCUCUGAUGAGGAUCAGGUCUGUCUUGAGAUGGAAAAUGUAUCAGAUCCUUCUGUCAAAAGUUCUUCCACAGAAGAGACUGUGGACGAUGUUCAUGGACCCGUUUUUGACUCAGUAGGUGAAACUUUGACUGUAAAUAUUAUUGAGGAGAUCAAGAUGGACAAGAAUCCUCUUCCUAUUUCCACUAUGAAUCAAACUGGUGUGACUACAAGGCAAGAGAACCCUGAUUUGAGUUCUCAAAGUGCAUUUGGCGUGGAAUGCAAGUUGCCUGUGGUUUUAGAGGCUCCUGAAGCCAACACUGAGCCUGCUGUCAAUAUCCAGUGCUCUGCAGAGGGUUAUGAUGAUGAUGCACGUUGUGUAAAGAUGAAAGGUUCUUUUGGUGGGCCCAUUGAUGAUACUUUAGUUGAGACUUCUGCAGAAUAUGCUACAGAAGGAAUAAACGAAAACCAGAAUCCAGUUUUUGUAUCUUCUCCUGCUCAGAAUGAAGACUUCUGUGAAGAAGAUGAAGAUCCUAUUGCUGGUUCUACAGUUAAGGGUUUGGAUAAGAGUACCAUACGUGAUUUGAAUAAGCAGAGUGCUAUUGAGGUGGAAAGCAACUCGUGUGCAGCUCCAGUAGUUGCUUCUGAUGAAGAAGUUGCUGUGGUCGGGAGAAGCAUUUGUUCUGCUGCAGAUGAUGACAUGGGUAAAGAUGCUUAUGAGGAAAAUGUCAUGCAUGCACCUGUUAGACCCAUUUGCAAUUCUUCUGUUGAAACUGCUAUAGAGAACGCUACUAAGGAAAUUAAAGAAACCGCCACAGAAAAUGCAAGAGAAGACAUUAAAGAAAGCAUUGCAAUUUCAACUUUGCAAGGUUCUAACAGAACAACUGUUCAUUUUGAAUCUGAUCAGGAUCAUCAUAGUGCAUUUGAGAUGGAAGCUGAAUUACAUAUGGAUUCAGAAGACAUCUGAUGCAUCUGAGGAAAUUAAAGAAACUUCUACAGAGGAUGCAAUAGAGGAAAUUCAAGAAGAGGCUGCGAUUUCAACUUUUCAUGGUUCCAGUGCAGUGGACGUGGAAACUGAACUAGACAUGGAUUCAGAAGUUCAAUCUGAUGCAAUGAAACAAAUAUUUAACACUCAUCAAAGUUAAUAAAUUCUGGGGCUCUACUUUGAACUGACAUGGUCUUGAUACGGGGUGUUGAUGUUUCUGUAGACACCUUCCAUUGAUGAAUGUCUUGCAACAUUGGACGAUACUUGUAAACUGUCAUAAUUCAGAGGAAAAUGCCAAGCGAUGAAAUCCAGGGUUAUGGUCCAAGAUCAUGCUCAAAGAUUCUGUUUUCAGAAGUUUUGAAGAGGUUAGAAAAUGAAUCUGUGCUGCACUUUAUUGGUGUAGGUUUUGGAUACCAUAAAAUCAAAUAUAAAAUUGGCUGCCUCAACGUGUACCUGGAGGUUGGCUGGUAACUUUUCAUGAUAUAUGCUUAGUUUGGUAGAUAAAGACUCCAAAUUAGCUUUCUUGUGUACAUAUUUAGAUUUUGAGUUAUCAUUUUGAUUUGAGUUUCAAUGCAUUGUUGUUACCAAUUGAUAUGAUGGUAAUAUGGUAACACAAGCAGGGCAUUCUUGUACAGGUCCUUCCAUCGUAGGUCCUGUAACUUCCUCCUCCAUUCAUUGUAACUCAUUGUAGUUGCAGAUUUCUUAUUGCAACAAGAAUAAGUUGUUCUUGUCCCUGUACAAUGCAUAGAGGAUCAUCUCUAAGUCCUAUUCUGCUCCUUACUUUUUACAAGUUUACUUUGUGUAUCUGCCACAGCACUUACAGCUUAAUGGUGAAUGAAAUAGAUUUAAACCAUGCAUCCAA